AGUAAAGAAACAAACACUUACGUCCCUCUCCUACGUACUCGUUCUUUCCACUAUUUAUAACCAAACUCGUUCAUCGCCUCUUCACAAUUCCCAAUACAACACUAUACCUCCCAAUUUUGAUUGUGACACUGAUAGUGAUCACUAUGGCUGCCAUGUGGAACAAACUCAAGAAAGCUUUUCUGCUCAAACACUCCGAAUCUCCGCCGCUCGCCACCCCGCUUCCGGUCGAAUCUCCGGCCAACACCAGUCCCCGGUCGUCGACGUCGUUGUGUCGCUUGUCGAGGAGCUUCAGUGUGAAAUCGUCGUAUACUAAAACUUGUGCAAUCUGCCUUAUGAAUGUGAAAACCGGCAAGGGUCAAGCGAUAUUUACAGCUGAAUGCGCUCACUCCUUCCACUUUAGUUGCAUUGCCAGCAGUGUUCAACAUGGAUACCAUGACUGCCCUAUAUGCCGCUCCAAGUGGAAGGAGCUUCCUGUCCAGUUCCCCACUAGUACUGCUGGUCGUCAAAGAAAUGGCGGGGGCCUAGUUCGGGUUUCUCUCCAUCAAAACCCUGCUGAGAAUAACGCCCACAACUUGCCACUGCCACUGGAUACAACUGUGAUUAGUCCUACACCUGAAGUUCUCCCAAUCCGGUAUUCUGAUGAUGAGCCCCUCACUGCACUAUCUGCAGAUUCUACCUCAUCUAAUACUUCUGAUUGUUCAGAGUCUGUUACUGUCAAGGCUGUCGCGGAGUUUCCUGCCAUUGCUUCUUCAGCAAUUGUUUCUAAGUUUGCUGUUCUUGUUGGUGUGCGAGCACCAUCUCUCUCUGAUGAUGCUCCUAACUCUAAGCGGGCACCUAUUGAUCUUGUUAUUGUGCUAGAUGUAAGUGGUAGCAUGGAUGGUUCGAAGCUGUCUCUACUCAAGCGUGCUGCUCAAUUUGUAAUUCAAAAUCUUGGUCCUACUGAUAGACUUUCUAUAGUAGUCUUCUCAUCAAAUGCUCGAAGAAUCUUUCCCCUGCGCAAGAUGACUGAUAGAGGACGGGAUGAUGCAAUAAUUGCCAUUCGUUCUCUAUCAGCAAAUGGUGGCACUAACAUUAUGGAAGGCUUAAGGCAAGGUGCUCGAAUUAUUCAUGAACGUCGGGAAAAGAAUCCAGUUGCAAGCAUUAUCCUCCUAUCUGAUGGAAAAGAUACUUACAACCUUCAUUAUAUCAACGAGCCACGAACUCCUUCUAAUCAGAACUCUAACAUGUCAAGGCAGGUUCUGGAUCAAUUAAAUAUAUGGCUUAAUCCAAUUCGUUGGGGUAAUCAAGAAGAUGAAACUGAGACUCGGCCCAUAAAUAUCCCAAUUCACACAUUUGGUUUUGGCACAGACCAUGAUCCUGAUAUCAUGCACGCAAUAUCUGAUGCAUCUGGUGGAACCUUUUCCUUUAUACAGUCUGAUGGUUUGGUACAAGAUGCUUUUGCUAGGUGCAUCGGUGGGCUACUUAGUGUGGUGGCCCAGGAACUUUGCCUUAAUGUGAAGUCUGUGUCAUCUGGAGUGCGUAUCGAGUCCAUACCUUCAGGAAAGUACGUAAAUGAUAUUUCUCAAGAAGGAAAGGAAGGCGUAAUAGAGGUUGGAGAUUUGUAUGCUGAUGAGGAAAAAGAAUUCUUGGUGUACCUGACAGUUCCUGUGUUAUCAACCACUGAAACCAAUGGAGGUUUGGCAACAACAUCAUUACUGGAUGUCAUAUGCUCGUAUAAGGAUGUAGUGUCAAUGGAGAUGAGAGAGGUCGAAUGCAGGACGGUUGAAUUACAAAGACCUGAUAUUCUGUGUUCUGCAGACUUGAUUCCCAGUUUAGAGGUUGAUCGUCAGAAGAAUCGCAUCUGGGUGGCAGAAGGUAUUGCGGAGGCACACGAGAUGGCUGAGCAGGGAAACCUUGAUGGUGCAAACGUUUUGCUAAAGAAUCGGAGAUCAGUUCUCCUGCACUCACCAUCCGCUCAGGCAGGGGAUGGUCUCUGCAUCUGGCUCGAAGCUGAGCUGAAUGAAAUUAGAGAAAGAAUGGUUAGCAUGGAGAUGUACCAGCUAAAUGGACGAGCUUAUAUGCGCUCAGGCAUGAGCUCACACUCCUGGCAGAGAUCAACUACUAGGGGUAGCUCAACAAGUCAGAAUACACAAGGUGACUCCAGCAGCAAUACCGGUCAGCUUGGCUAUGACACGCCUUCCAUGGUCAGUAUGGUUACAAAGUCACAAACUCUAAAUUUCCAAAAUCACCCGGAGCAAGUUGAACGAGCUAACAAGUCAUGUGUGUUGAGUUCUAAACCAUGAAUUAGAGAACUGCCAACAUAAAUUAUGUUGAAAUUAUCUAUUGUCUAUGUAAAAAUAAAGAAUCCAUGUUUCUUUUCCUUCCUCUCUUUUAGGACUUGGGCUUGCAUAUUUUGAAACUAUUGGUUUUCGCAGUUUCAUAGUAAUAUGCUUUAUUUCUCAAAA